CUACAACUGCACAUCAUACCCCACACGCACCAUGGCUUUCCAGGAGGGACAGCCCUCGUCGUCUAAAGGCGCGGGAAGGCCCAAGGGCAAGGGAAAGGGCCCGCAGAAGCCUCUCGUCAAGAAGAACGACGCCAAGAGGUCGCGCAACAACCAGGAGCUCGCCGACCUCCAGAAGCGCAUCAAGGAAUAUGAGCCGCCAGCAGAGCUCACACUCUUCUCCCAACUCCCCCUCUCGAGCCGCACGCUGCGAGGCCUGAAACACAGCCACUUCCUCAACCCGACCGCGAUCCAGGCUCAGUCGAUCCCCGAGUCGCUGCGCGGACGCGACCUCCUCGGCUCGGCACGUACAGGAUCAGGGAAGACGCUCGCGUUCCUCAUCCCUCUCCUGGAACGACUGUACCUCCAGCGCUGGGGCCCGAUGGACGGCCUCGGCGCCGUCGUCAUCUCGCCGACGCGUGAGCUCGCCGUGCAGACGUUCAACGCCCUCAGGGAUAUCGGCCGCUUCCACACCUUUUCGGCUGGUCUUGUCAUCGGCGGCAAGCCGCUCAAAGAGGAGCGCGACCGUCUCUCGCGCAUGAACAUCCUCAUUGCGACGCCCGGUCGCCUGCUCCAGCACCUCGACAGCACUGUUGGUUUCGAAAGUGCUGGCGUCAAGCUGCUUGUCCUUGACGAGGCGGAUCGCCUCCUCGACAUGGGUUUCCUCCCCGCGCUCCGCGCCAUCAUCCAGCACUUCUCGCCAUCGGAGACCGCCCGCGCCGACCGCCAGACUCUCCUCUUCUCCGCUACUCAGUCCAAGGACCUCGCCGCCCUCGCCAAGCUCUCGCUCCACGACCCACUGUACAUCAACACCAACAAGCCGGGAGAGGAGGGCGUUAUGCCCGCCAACCUCGAGCAGUACUACUCGGUCGUGCCUCUUGAGCGCAAGCUCGACGCGCUGUGGGGCUUCAUUAAGAGCCAUCUCAAGAUGAAGGGCGUCGUGUUCGUCACUUCCGGCAAACAGGUCCGCUUCAUCUUUGAGACCUUCCGCCGCCUGCACCCCGGUCUUCCUCUCAUGCACCUCCAUGGCAAGCAGAAGCAGCCGACCCGCAUGGCCAUCUUCGAGAAGUUCUCGUCCUCCAACUCGGCCCUGCUCAUCUGUACCGACAUUGCCGCACGAGGUCUCGACUUCCCCGCUGUCGACUGGGUCGUCCAGCUCGACUGCCCCGACGACGUCGACUCGUACAUCCACCGUGUGGGCCGUACCGCCCGCUACCAGAGUGAGGGUAAGGGCUUGUGCUUCCUCCUCCCGAGCGAGGAGGAGGGUAUGAAGGCCCGCUGGGCUGAGAAGGGCAUCGACGUCAAGAUGAUCAAGAUCAAGGAGAGCAAGAUGGGCAAGCUCGACCAGCAGAUGCAGAGCUUCUGCUUCAAGGAGCCUGAAAUCAAGUACCUUGGACAGAGGGCCUUCAUCUCCUACAUGCGCUCGGUUCACAUCCAGAAGGACAAGAGCAUCUUCAAGCUGUCCGAACUACCAGCCGAGAAGUACGCCGCCAGCAUGGGUCUUCCUGGUGCUCCUCAGAUCAAGCUCCUCGACCAGGGCAAGAAGGUCAAGGAGCGCGGUGGUCCCAAGAAGGACGACGAUGAGGAGGGCCCGACGGUUGUUCACCAGAAGCUCGCCCCAUUGAGUGACGAAGAGGAUGAGGAUGAUGACGAUGAGGAUGAUGAUGACGAGGAGUCGGAGGACGAGGAGAGCGACGAGGACGACGACGAGGCCGCGUCUGGCUCUGGCUCCGACUCCGAGUCUGAAGACCUCCCCGUUCGCUCUGCACCCCAAGUCCGAACAAAGUACGACCGCAUGUUCGAGCGCAAGAACCAGGACAUUCUCACGGAUCACUACUCGAAGGUUGUGGCGCACGACGACGACCUGCUGGCUGCCGGAGCGGACGACGACGACGAUGUGUUCACACUGGCCCGUCGUGACCACGACAUUGACGACGACGAGGCCGCCGACCUCGGCAUCAGCGAAGCCUUGGCCGACCCUUCCAAGGCCAAGCCGCUCAUCACUUCAGACGACCUGUCAAAGCGCAAGCUGAAAGCCGCGGCCACGCGAACCGGCCAGCUCAAGAACCGACCUGCACCCACCAAGGUCGUGUUCGGCGAGGACGGCGAGGCGCGGGAUAUCUACGAGAAGGGUAUCGAGGCCGAGCAGGCCGCGGCUGCGACGCGUGAUGGCUACCUGGCGGAGGAGCGCGAGCGGAUGGCUGCUGCCGACAUUGUCGACCGAGAGGUGGCAAGGGAGAAGCGCCGCGAGAAGAAGAGGAAACGCAAGGAGCGCGAGCGCGAGCUCGAGGGCGCGUACUCGGACGACGAGGGUGGCGCUGUCGCGUUCAUUGGCGGCGCCAGUGGCGACGAGGAGCCGUACGAGGGCUACACCGGCUACACGGGAGAGGGCAUUGGCUCUGAAUCCCCCGAGCCUGAGCCUACGCGCCCUGCGAAGAAGAAGCGCGACGCGGCUCCUGCCCUCGAGGAUGAGGAGGAGUUGGCGCUCCGGUUGUUGCGUGGCGAGUAGACUUGUGUCAGGGGUACUGUGAUGCAUCAUGUAAACGGA